GUGAUAUUUACAGCCCACACAUUUCCUCUUGCAGUGUCCAGCCCCGUGUUUGGACCACGGGAGGUGUACGCUCCGGUCGAUGGGUCAGCCACGGUGAAAUGCUUCUACCCUCCCACCACGGUGAACAGGCACGACAGAAAGUACUGGUGCAAGCAGUCAGGCUCAAGCUGUGUGACUAUUGCUUCCACCAGUGGCUACAUUGCUGCAGAAUACAAGGGCAGAAUCUCCAUAACUGACCACCCAGAGGCAGAAAGUUUCCAGAUUGACAUCUCCGCGCUUGGCCUGACGGAUGUUGGCACCUACCGCUGUGGAGUUGGUCUCAAUGGCAAAGGACUCUCCCACAAAGUCAUUCUGACUGUUAGUCAAGAUUCAUCUCUACCCGAAGCACCUGAACUCUUCUACAUGAAGCAGAGCAGCAGUUGGAGUGUAACCUGCAAAUUUGGGGAGGAAUCUGCUGAUUUGAGGAGAUACUUGUGCAAGAUGGAGAAGGAAGAGUGCAGGACCAUCAUCGACACUCAUCAGAACGUUGCUGAGGAUUUCACAGGGCGAGUUCUGCUGAGCUAUGGAGGGUCUGCAGGUUCCUUCAGUGUCACAGUAACUCAGCUGGAUGGGGAAGACUCAGGCGUGUACCACUGUGGGGUUGGUGAAUAUGGGAAGGAAGGACACUCAAAGGAACUGGAUGUGUUUGUCUAUGAAGACACAAAACUCCCUCAAGUAAAUCCCACAGUAACUGCUAAAGCAGGAACUUCAGCCACUUUUGAAUGCCACUACGACCCCCUGAAGAGAUCCUCCACGAGGAUCUGGUGCAAGUGGAGGAAAAAUGGCUGUGCUAAGAUCAUAGACAACACUGGGAAUGUGAUGUAUGGCUAUGAGGGAAGAGUGGCUAUGUUUGAGAACCCAGAUAGCAAGACAGUCACUGUCAUCCUGAACCAGCUGAAGGAGAGUGACAAAGGGUAUUACUGGUGCAUGACAAAUGAUGCAAAGGAGCAGCAAACAUCAUCUGAGCUGAAGAUCAUAGAUGGAGAACCUCUUCUGACAGGAAAGAAGGAAGUGGAGGCACAAGUGGGUUCUCGAGUCGAUUUGACUUGCUCUUACCCCUGCAACUACUACUCCUACGACAAGUACUGGUGCAAGUGGACCUCUGCUGGCUGCCCCAUCAUCCCAGCAUCCAACCCACAGCAGCUGGGGAUGGAUGCAACCUGUAACAGUGCCAACAAGACAGUUGUCCUCAGCAUUGACUCGGUGACAGAGGCAGAUGAAGGCUGGUACUGGUGUGGGGUGAAGCGCAACAACAUCUUUGGGGAAACCAUGGCAGUUUACCUGUUGGUGACUGGAGGAAACAAUGCCAAACAUGGCCCAGAGCUCCUGGAUGUUGAGGCCCCCAACCAAGCUGAGAUCCCCAACCAUGUCGAGCCUGUCCCUGUUCCUGAAGGAGGAGCCUACAGUGAUGCUGGAGUCAGAAGUGGAGCUGCCCCAGAAAGCUCUGAACAAAGCCAUAGCUCCAACACUCUUGCUUUGGUGCUGGGCCCUCUUGCUGGCCUCCUCCUGAUCAUUGUGACAGCAUUUGCCAUUGUUAAAUACAGGCAGAUGAAGAGAUCUGACCUGGUGUCCAUUGGGAGCUACAGGACGAACAUCAGCAUGUCAGACUUUGAAAGUGUGAAGGAUUAUGGUGCCAGCAAUAAUGCCUGCGUGAAGGUGAGCCAGGAGACUCCCAUCGGAAGGGAUGAGUUCAUCACCACUACAGAGACCACUACAGAGACCUCAGAAAACACUGCCGAGGCAAAGAAGGCGAAAAGGAGCUCGAAGGAGGAUGCUGACCUGGCCUACUCCACUUUUCUCCUCACCUCUGGCACCAUUGCCCAGGCCAGCUCGGGGGGGGACAGUGCUGCCCAGGACAUGUCCCCCUCAGCCUUGGAGGACCAGGUGAGAGACUGA